CACCGACUCGAACUGAUCCCUCCCCCUACCAGCAACAACAGACAAGAUGCCGAGUCCGAUCGAGGAGAAUCUGGAGCUGAAGGAGAUCGACACGAAUCUCUAUUCGAACACGAAACAGCUAUGGACACCAAUGGGCGCAAGAGGCAUCUUUGGAGGAGCAGUGAUUGCUCAAGCCCUCUCCGCUGCGCAAAAGACCGUGAGUCCGGAAUAUGUCGUUCACUCCCUCCACUCCUACUUCCUCCUCCCGGGCGACAACUCCCACCCAAUCAUCUACCACGUCGAACGCGUCCGUGACGGCCGCUCCUACGCGACCCGCACCGUCCAAGCCCAACAACGCGGCCGCGCAAUCUUCACAAUAACUUGCUCCUUCCAACGUCCCGAACCCUCCACCAUGUCCCACAACACACCCAUCCCACCUGAUCUCCCCGAUCCAGAAACAUUGAUGAAUGAUUCGGAUUUAUUGCAGGCGAUGGUUGAUGCGGAUAAGUUGAGUGAGAGGGAGAGGAAGGGAUUGAUUAAACGGAUGGAGCCCGGUCCGAUUGAGAGUCGGAGGGUGCCGUUUCGGAGGUGGAAUAAGGAUUUGGAGCCGUAUCAGAAGCGGCAGAGGUUUUGGGUGAAAGCCCGCGGAUCAAUAGAAGCACAAACGUCGCACGCGAUGGCGUUGGCAUACUUCUCCGACUCGUGGUUUGUGGGAACCUCGGUAAAGGUAAACGAACCCAUCGAGGGGAAGGUGGUGAUGAUGGCGAGUCUCGACCAUUCCGUGUAUUUCCACAUCCGUGAUUGGAGAGCGGACGAAUGGUUGUUGUAUGAGAUGGAGAGUUCGUGGAGUGGUGGGGGACGGGGCUUCGCGAGUGGGAAGAUCUGGAGACGGGAUGGGGUGCUGGUUGCGAGUUGUUUCCAGGAGGGGUUGGUAAGGGUGGAUAAUUUGAAGGGCAACAAGAGAGAUGCGAAGAUCUAGACAUUAAACCACCGAGGAGACCGCUUCUAGGGG